AUGUUCCUGGAUCUACAUCCUGAUUUUGGGAAUUUCCUGUACGUCGAGGUGAGUCCUAAGUCAGAACCGCAGCGCGCACGGUUAAUGAGUCCAUCGGUGGGACCCGAGCGCCGCCCUGUCUGUCUGCUCUUCUACUAUCAGCUUCAGGGUGAAGGUCAGGACAGUCUGCGUGUGUUGCUCCGGGACGAUGACCAGGAGGAGACGCUGCUCUGGGCACUGAAAGGAGACCAGGGGCCCAUGUGGAGGGAAGGCCGCACCAUCCUGCCUCAGUCCCCCAAAGAAUAUCAGGUUGUCAUCGAGGGCUUCUUUGAGCGAGGCAGUCGAGGGCACAUCUGGGUUGACAACAUUCAUAUGAGCUCCAGCAUCGAGCUUGAGCAGUGUACAC